AACUUGGUGAGAAUUAUGGGGUGGUAGGAAGGAUAGAAUGUCUUGUUGUUUUCCAAUCUUGUCUUAUUGCUUCCCCAGCUUUUUUUUAUACUACCAAGUGCUAUCUGGGCUGUUUCUUAGUCACUUCUUUCCUUUGGUAGUCCUUUCCAAAAAUAAUCUUGCAAGUAGCUUAAUUCAACAAACAGGUUCUCUUGCUCUUUAAUAUUUGUUGUGGUAAUGUUAUCUUCUAAAGUCAAAGUUAAAGCAGCUCCCUUUGCCUUCUUUUUAGUAAAAUAGUCUUUAAUUGCUUCUUUGAUGUAAAAUUGGCCUUUCCUUCAUGCAAGCCAUGCUCUCCUCACAGUGAAUUCUAGACCUGCCUUGGGAAUAGAACUUUUUUUUAAGAGAAGCAAAUUAUUCAAUAAGUAUUUAUCAAUUGGACUUUUAAUCUCACUAUACCCUCCAGAGCCUAUAAUAAUAAUAGAGGACUUCCUCCUGCUCUCAUGAAAGGUCACCAUUAAUGUACCUUAGAAAUAAUAGCAUUUGUUCUGUGGAGUAGAAUAGAAACUUUGGUCAAUAUAAAUUUGUAGACAUAUUUGUAUUUAUCUUCCCAAUUUGAAGCUACAAGUAAUGAAAAAUUUGUUUUGAUAAAUACAGUAUAUCAAAAAUAGGCUAAAGCAAAUGAAGCCAAAACACAAAUGAAGAUUUCCCUAUACCUCCACACCUGUUUUGGUUAAUAGUGCAAAAAUGAGCAGAGAUGUGGAGGUUUAGGGAAAUCUCUCCCUCUCAGUUUCCAAUUGGGGUGGUGGGUAUAGCCAAGCAGAGAAGGCUAUCUACUCCUAUUUCAAUAACUCAGAAUUUGCUGUAACCUUCAAACAAUUUAUUCCAGAGCAAACAAUUCCAUUGGCUGUGUUUGAACUUGGUUACCAGAAUGGGUUAUCAAACCCAUUUUCUUUGAUAAAAAUGAUACACUGAACCAUAGUCUAAUAAAACAGUCUUGGUUUGCACAUUAAGGCACAAAAAUCCAAGCUAACAUUAAGCUAACCAAGUUCAUUAAGAUUGGCCUUUCAUUACUCAACAAAGUUAUAAAACUAAGUCUAUUGUUGCAAAGCAGCAGGGACCGCUCUAGCAAUGCAAGUCUCUGAACAGAUGGUUCAGCUCUUCUGGAAUUGUUCUCCUUUUUACUUUCUUCUUUCAAAAGCAAAAAAUCAGUCACCCAGAUUAUUCUAGAGACCGUGUAAUUUUCCCUCCAGGAUGAUGGAAGCCAGUAAUUUAGCCCCCAAAUUGCGGUGUCUUCUUUUGCUUUAUGAAAUAAUAUAGAGUAGAUGGUCCUUCCCCAGUUGUCUUUGGCUCCUUAUGGGGACAGCUAGUUGGCAGGAAGGGGUAGCAGGCACUGCGAGGAAAGGCAUUUGAUCUAAACAUCCCAUUUUCCCAAAUCUAUCCUGAUCCAAUUUUAAAAUACACCUUUUUUCUGUUUUAAUUAUUAAACACUGUGGUAAUGUUGUCUGGGGACUACUCUUACUUAUUUACUUAAUUAUUAUUUUAAAAAAUCCUAGAAGGAAAAAUACUUAACUAGGGAGUAGGAUUCAAGGAUGUAUCUGCACUCAUGAUAUCAUAGUGCAGAAACUCGACAUCAUAGAGAACCCAUCUGUGUUGUCUUGACAACCAGCUAGAGCUAAACACUUUAAAAAUCCUUGUGAGAGAUGGAUAGGCUUUAUUUGCCUUGCAGUUGAGCACCAUCAGUUUGAGAUCCUCUAAGCCAUACAGCCAUUUUUAAAAUAUAUAUUUAUAUAUAUAUAUAUAUACACUAGAUGUGCUUGUAGAACUUAAAACAAAAACACUUAAGAAAAAGCAUCUGUUCUAGAAUCUCAAGUGUCAAGGCAACAACUGGGGCAAGACAGCUGUAAGCUGCUAAAAUAUCCCCCUGAUCUAACAGGAACAGAGAAGUGACGGAAGAUCCCAUCUUGAAAAAUAUGAUGGAGCCAAGUGCAUUUCCUGAGACCCCUACUCUAGAUGCAUCUGAUGAUGUGGCUGAGUCUCCACAAACUGAAGAUGCAGAUGAAGGUCCAGAUUCCCAGAACACUCCGGGUUCUUCUGAGUCCACUGCUGCACUGGAUCCUUUGCUGCAUGAUGGCAGAAAUAAUUCCAAGAAAAGAGCCACCCACUCUUCCAAAAGAGCUGGAAGACAGUUGAGUCAACCAAGAGCCGUUGCACCCAAGCCACCAACUUCCAAUCUUUCCUUAUUGAUCUACACUGCUGUUGCCACCUGCCAGAAGAAGUCUGGCCUUUCCAUGCAAGCUCUUAAGAAAAUCGUGACAAACAUGGGCUACGACAUGGCUAAAAAGAAGCACUAUUUCCUGAGAUCUAUCAAGAAUAUGGUGUCUAAAGGGCAACUCUGGCAAGUGAAGGGCACUGGAGCAACAGGCUCAUUCAAGAUCAACCCUGACAUUGGAAAGAAGAACAACCCACCAAAGAUGAAAGGAAAAGGUCCGAAGACCAAACAUUCAAUCAAGAAAAAAAAAAGUUCUACUGUGUCUAAGAACGGCCGAGAAGCUGCCAAGAAGCAAGUCAAGGCUGAAGUCAAGAGAACCUGCAGAAGAGGCAAGAUGUCAUCUGUUCAGGCUGCUCCAAGUCAGGUCAAGGUGUAAAGAAUGCCUGAGCUGCCUUUCAGAAUGAGAUCUGAAGCUUUUUGACUAAUAAAGCAAUCACUGUAUUUGAAAUUCAA